AUGUUCUUUGCCAGCACCAAUGUACUAGGUUCCGAAGAGGACCUUGCGGUCCUGCCGGACAUCACGCCCAUUUGGGAGGGUCUUUUUUCGCCCAAGAAACCUAUGCCACACAUCUACUGGUACUGCCCAUUCUACAUCGAAGUACUCGAGGCAGAGGCGUACCCACAGCAAGUUCUUACCAACUUGAAACUGCCAGCAAGAAUCCAAUAUUUCAAUACCAAGCGAUCUCUGGUGGCAGAAGAGAUGUUCAAGAACCCUCGUCUCCAAGAUCACACUGACCCAACCAAACUUAUUCACACCGCGCUGCAUUUUACAGUGGUUUGCAGGCAUUUAUCGAUGGAAGGAGGAGGUUCAAGCGGUUUACAGGCAUUUAUUGAUGGAAAGAGGAGGUUCAAGGCAUUUAUCGAUGGAAAGAGGAGGUUCAAGUGGUUUACAGGCAUUUAUCGAUGGAAAGAGGAGUUGUCUCCACUGACCCAACCCCAAACUUAUUCACACCGCGCUGUAUUUACAGCGGUUUACAGGCAUUUAUCGAUGGAAAGAGGAGGUUUAAGCGGUUUGCAGGCAUUCAUUGAUGCCCUCACCGCCCUCACCGCUAUAAUGUGCUCCAGUAUGGGCGUCAACAACCUUUGGGAGUUACUAGAGCCUGCUGCAAAAACAGUGCCCAUUACCUCGCUUGCCCUCCAGGACCGCUAUGUGGGACCUGCUCCUCACCUGCCCUAUGUGAUAGGAGUUGACACAAGGUCAGUCUUUGCACGGUGGUUUGAACAGUGUCAACAAGGCAAGUGGCACCUGUUACAAGAACAUCUAGACGCUUGGGCCCCUACCAUUUUUCUCCUAAUCCUCCUCGUAUCAGCCCUCGCGUCAUACCCUUACCCCGACCUUACCCUUGUCAUCCUUGUCAUCCUCGCAUUCCCUUUCGCUCUCUAUCUGUCGCUUCAGCAAAGCCAGUACAUCUGGCCGGACCCUUUUGCUGACGAAGCAUACCCAUGCUCCAUUCCACCACCUGACUGA